GGAAGGCCCCGCCCCCAGCGUGAACUUGCGCCUUGGCUGGAGCGCUGGGAGGGAAGCCCGGCAUGACGCGCCCGCGGGUCCUGCAGCCGCCGCCGCCGCCGCCGCCGCUCCUUGUGCUGGUCCUGCUGCUGCUGCUGCUGCAAAGCCCCGGCCCGGGCGCGGGAGAGCGGAGCGGAGGGAGCAGCAGCAGCACCGGGAGCGGGAGCGGCCUCCGCAGCGCCAUGGAGGAGCUGGCCACGGAGCAGGAGGCGGAGGAGAGCCACCGGCAGGACAGCGUCUCCCUCCUGACCUUCAUCCUCCUGCUGACCCUCACCAUCCUCACCAUCUGGCUCUUCAAGCACCGCCGCGUCCGCUUCCUCCACGAGACCGGCCUGGCCAUGAUCUACGGACUGAUUGUUGGAGUGAUCUUAAGAUAUGGUAUACCUCCUACCAGUGGUCACGAUAAGCCAUUGAGCUGCUCCCAAGAGGACCGAGCUUUCACAACCCUGUUGGUCAACAUCAGUGGGAAGUUCUUCGAAUACACGUUAAAAGGAGAAAUAAGCCCUGGAAAAAUACACAAUGUGGAACAGAAUGACAUGUUGCGAAAAGUUACAUUUGACCCAGAAGUAUUUUUCAAUAUUCUUCUGCCGCCCAUUAUUUUCCAUGCUGGUUACAGUUUGAAGAAGAGACACUUCUUCAGGAACCUGGGAUCUAUUCUGACUUAUGCCUUCCUGGGAACUGCAGUUUCUUGUUUCAUUAUUGGGAAUCUUAUGUAUGGUAUUGUAAAACUAAUGAAGCUAGUGGGACAGCUCUCUGAUAAAUUCUACUACACAGAUUGUCUUUUCUUUGGAGCCAUUAUAUCUGCUACUGAUCCAGUCACUGUACUGGCAAUCUUUAACGAACUCCAUGCUGAUGUUGAUCUCUAUGCAUUGCUGUUUGGGGAAAGUGUUUUAAAUGACGCCGUGGCUAUUGUAUUGUCUUCUUCCAUUGUAGCAUAUCAACCCACUGGGGGAAACAUCCAUGCCUUCGAUGCAGCAGCCUUUUUUAAAUCUAUCGGCGUCUUCCUUGGUAUCUUCAGUGGCUCUUUCAUGAUGGGAGUGGCGACAGGGAUUGUGACAGCUCUGAUAUCAAAGUUUACAAAACUGCACUGCUUUCCUUUGCUGGAAACAGCCCUCUUUUUCCUAAUGUCUUGGAGUACCUUCUUAUUGGCCGAAGCAUGUGGUUUUACAGGUGUGGUAUCUGUCCUGUUUUGCGGAAUCACACAAGCUCACUACACGUAUAAUAAUUUGUCAGUUGAGUCAAGAAGCCGUACCAAGCAGCUCUUUGAAGUGCUGCAUUUCCUAGCAGAGAACUUCAUAUUUUCUUAUAUGGGCUUAGCUCUGUUCACCUUCCAGAAGCAUGUAUUCAGCCCUAUAUUUGUCAUUGGAGCUUUUAUAGCUGUUUUCCUGGGAAGAGCUGCACACAUCUAUCCACUUUCUUUCUUCUUGAAUUUGGGCAGAAGGCACAAGAUCAGCUGGAAUUUCCAGCACAUGUUGAUGUUUUCAGGUCUCAGGGGAGCCAUGGCAUUUGCGCUAGCCAUAAGAGACACAGCAACCUACGCCCAUCAAAUGAUGUUCUCCACAACACUCCUUAUUGUCUUCUUUACUGUUUGGAUUAUUGGAGGAGGCACGACUCCCAUGCUUUCCUGGCUGAAUAUAAGAGUUGGCGAACAUGUCUCAUCGGUGGAGGAGAUGAAUGAAAGCCGCUGGAUGUACUUCAGAGUUGGAGUUGACCCAGAUCAAGACCAGCCGCCCACUCAUGACAGUUUCCAAGUCUUACAAGGAGAUGGUCUAGAUACUGAAAGAAGGAACCGCACAAAAGAGGAGAGUGUUUGGAUCUUCAGGGUUUGGUAUAGCUUUGACCACAACUACCUCAAGCCAAUUCUCACACACAGUGGUCCUCCACUAACUACAACCUUCCCUAGUUGGUGUGGAUUGAUAGCACGUUGCUUAACUACUCCUCAGGUUUAUGAGAACCAGGAGCAGCUUAGAGAGGAAGAUUCUGACUUUAUCCUGAAUGACAGUGACCUGUCGCUGACAUACGGAGACACGACAAUAACUGCUAAUGGAUCCUCUGGCUCCCAUGCGGCUAUUACCAGCAUUGAUGGCCGGAAAACCAAAAGCAACUCAGAAGAGGCUUUGGAGCGUGAUCUGGGAACAGAAGCACCAGAGGUGAUGAGCAGAGGCACUCGACUAGUAUUUCCACUGGAUGCAUGACGACCUGUUUAAUAAAAACGUAGCAAUAGGCCCACUGCCCAAGUAUCCAAGAUGUCUGCUGACUCCAGUGUCAGUGAAGGAGGUCAACGGGUUAAUUUAAUGUAUCUUGUACAAGUGGUUUUAUUAGAUCUGGAAAUGCAAUCCCCUCCUCUCAAUAUCCCUGUGUUUAUUUUUAAAAUUUUCAAGAUGCUGGCAGUGUCUAAGCCAAUCAAGCAAAAAUAAUUGGCCAGGCGCUUACUUUAAAACAAUUACAUACUUGAAAUUAAAAGCAGCAUGUUGUAAUCAUUUUCAUUCUGCUGCUCCAUUCAGCCGAUGAGAGGUAUAGGAAUAUUUAUCACAGUUAGUGGCUGGAGUAAUUAGCUGAAGUGGCUAACAGAAUUCAGGACCACCAUAAGCUUUUCAACCUGGAAACAUGGGGGGAAUUAUGUUGUUGAUGUUAGACAUCAGUGUAAUGUUUGACAUAUACUUGAAAAAUGCAAUGCAAAAGAGGACAUUAUGUACAGUGAUCACAUUAUCAGAAACAUUUUUUCUGCAAGUUAUUGGGAAACCCCCCCCACACACACACACACAAACCUCCACGCAAUUCCAAGGGAUAUAACAAGAAAUCCUCCAUAUUAGUAAUGUUUUGUGUUAAUUUAUUAUUGUGGUCUAAAAAGGGAAAGAAAGAAGAACCUCUGGACAAUUUAUUGAGAAUAUCUGUAAGUCUUGUAACUGUAUUACAAAGUCCAUCUGUGUGCUGUCCAAAAUUUACAUUUUCUGCCUCAUGCCCCUAUUACAUACGAGUUUUGUAGCUAAACUCUUUCAGAUGAACCAGAGAGAAAUGAUCACUCAUCCUGUCACAAUUUUAGAAUGACCGUCCUCUCCUCCAACUGUGAAGACAGUGUUGAAUGAUUGCAUUGUAGUUGCAGACUUACAAGUUGCACAAGAAGUAUUGAGGGAACCUGAUUCAGGUUCCUGCAGUGUGUCUGGACUUAAUACUGUUACCUUUAACCCCAGGUGAUAACCUAUAAGUGGAGUGCUUAAUCUGAUGCUUGUAUCAGAACAAAAAAAAUUAUGUUUUUUUUUUACUCUGUUAAUAAGUCUGUAUGUGUGUGUGUAUGCGUGUGUUAGUGGAAUAUUGCACUAUGAACCUGAUGUUUAAAAAUGGUGCGGUGCCUUUUCUGUAAUAGAGUACCAUUCUGUAAUCUGAAAAAGGAAUAUUUUGCCUGGAGCAGGGCUGGAGAAUUGGUGACCCUUCAUAUGUCAGACUCUUCCAGACUCAUCAACCUGUUUGUUGGUGAAGGAUGAUGAGAGUAGUUCAUCAUUCUCUGGAGGGGUUCAAGCCUUAGUGAUCAGGGAUGCUUAUUUACAAAUAUGCCAUAAGCAGUCCUAAUUGUGAAUGGCUGGCUUCCAUGAUGCAAUCAGGUAACUCUCUAAAGCUUUCCUCAACAACAAUUUUGGCUGCUAAAAGCAGGCUAACAAACAAUGUAAUGGUCUGACUCUUUGUAAACCAACUGCCCUGUAAUUUUGAACAUGACGGAAGUACUUAGAAAAAUAAAUAUGCUCUUUCUCAUACUUUUCCCUCCUUCCAUGCCACCAUUUUUAAACUUUAUUUUAAUCUGUCUGUGAUGAAGAAACAAAAUUUGAACCAAUGUAUGUAAUAAAGUUCAUUGUUUCCUCUUCUGCUUUUUUAAA